UUAAGUAGUAAGCAGGUAUUUAUUUUAAAAAUUAGUUUGGUACCGAUAUUCAUAUUAAAUAUUAACUAUUAAACUUCAAAUUAAUCAUAGUAUAAGCAGAUAAGCAGAAUGAGCCUAAUGGUACUUAAUUACAGAAUUUAAAAUCUAUUUAAAUUUGGAAUUUAAAUUUUUAGUUAAAUCUGAGUACUGAAAUGCACCCUAAAGGAGAGUCCAGCCAAACAAAGGAUGAUAUUGAUUUAUUAGACGAGUUACUAAAUAAAACUAACUGUGCUCACCUACAUUAUAAAGUUCAAGACUGCAUAGCCACAACAAAAGACUGGAGAAAGUGUCAAGCUGAAGUGAAAGAAUUUAAAUUGUGUAUUGAAAAAAAUCAAAAACUUGCAAAUAAAAACAAUGUUUGAUAUUUCUAAUCAUGAAUUCAUUAC